AUGAAGUUCUCUCUUCUCCUGCUUCCCGCCGCCUUCUCGGCCGUCUACGGAACGCAGUUCAUGGACCGGCGUGCCGACAAGCACUGCGCCCCGGGCAACAACUGCCAGCGCGGCGUCGGCGGCACCAACGGCGUCAAGCCGCCCCUGACCAGCCGUAUGGCCGACUGCUCCAAGCUGAACACUGUGACUGUCAGCCCUUACACUAUCACUACGAUCUCCACGACGACGGUCCUCGAAAGAGCGCAGAUCCCGACGGCCCGGCGCGCGGCUCCCCCGCCGCAGAAGCGCCAGGACGCCGGCGCCACCACCAUCGAGCCGACCGAGGUCCCGACCUACGCCACGUACUGCAAGUCGGCCUCGGCCUACUACAGCGCCUGCUCGUGCGCCGGCGUCACGGCCGUGACCACGACAUUGCCGACACCGACGUCGUACACGUCGACCACGACCGUCAGUAUCUGCCCUGCCAAGAGGGCUGUCAAGAGGGCUGCCGGCGUGUUUGGCUACGAGAUGGCCGAGGACUUUGACCACGUCCAGUGGGAUGGCAUCAAGCUUUUCUAA